AUGAUGUUCGGCCAUUUGUUUUUGUGUUUGUCUGUGCUAACCCUCACUCUGGGAAACCCACAGAACUUCGUUACCAAGUAUUUCAAAGUUGGGAUUGAAUAUGACCGAUCCCUGCCAAUGAGUGGGGGGUCGGAUAGACUCCGACACAGGAAUAACUAUGACCCCUUCUUUGUUACCGUUACGGCAUCGGCUAAGAGGGGCUACGUCAUAUCCUAUAUAGAAGUGAGUGCGACCACCGCGCGAGACGGAGACGUGGAAUUUUCAGUAGUCCGCGGCAAAGCUGGGGAGAAAAACUUGGUCUUCCACUUGGCGUCGAACAAGACUGACUUUCUGACCUACUCAUACCUGGCGUAUGGUAUACGGGAAGAGGACUACAAAAAGAUGGCGAAUAUAAUCACUCUUCCAAUGAAAAAUAUAAGUAAUCGACUUGAAUCCAAUUUAUUCACGGGCUUAUUGUUAAUUUUAAUAAGCAUAAAAUCUAUCUUCUUAUAA